AUGUCUGAGUCCAAAAACAAGGUUCGCGUUGGUGUUGGAGUUUUCAUCCUGCACCCCUCUUCUACCCCCUCAAACCCCCUAUUCCUAAUGGGCAAACGGCUUGUUCCCCACGGUCACGACCAAUGGGCGAAUCCAGGGGGACACCUCGAGUUCGGCGAAACACUUGAGGAAUGUGCUGUCCGGGAAGUGCUUGAGGAAACAGGACUCGUACUUAAGAAGGAGAAGAUGAAAUUUCUUACCGCGACGAAUAGUCUUAUGGAAGCGGGGCCCAGGAGGGAUGGGAAGGAAGGGCUGGAGGGGAAACACUAUGUAGCUGUUUGGAUGGUGGGGACUUGGGAUGGAAAGGGAGAGGGCCCGAGAAAUUUGGAGGGCGAGAAGAAUGGUGAGUGGGAGUGGGUGGGGCUGGAGGAGACUAGGAGGUGGGCGGGAGUAGAAGGUAUGCUUUUCCAGCCGGUGCUAGAUUUGUUAAGAGAGAGAGGUGAGGUGCUCGAAAGUCUUGUAUAG